AUGCGAAUAUCCGUCCGCACUUUUGCAGGAAAAGAAAUACCAUUAGAAGUUCAACCUGGUGACACCAUUAGAAGUGUCAAGGAAAAAAUACAAGACAAAGAAGAUAUUCGGAUAGAUUUACAACGACUAUUAUUUGGGAAUGAACAGCUUGAAAAUAAUCGACCACUAUCCAGCUGUGAAAUUGGAGAAGAAUCGGUCCUUCAUCUUGUUCUGCGUAAGUAUUUCAUUUAGAUUAUACUUAUCAAAAAAAUAUUGGCAUUUAGUUAGAAAUAAAAAAGUUCAAUGUUUUUCUUUUUGUAUCGUCCUGAACCCUGUGUUUCUGAAACGGCAGGUAUUUUUAAAAAAUUCGAUUCCACAUUUUUCAUACAUAAAAAGUAUAUGUUUUAUGAAAAAUGAUACCUAAUUUUUCGCUCCCCUUGUAGUAAACUUACUUGUAGCUACAAAAGUUGAUUCCAGUGUCAAAUUUUCACUACGGAUCUUGACGAUCUCUAGUCAGAGAAUCUGAUAUUUUAAUAGCAUCAUUUAACUGGUAGCUUUUGAUUCGAUUUCUUUGUUCUCGAUGAAAAUAUUCUUCAAUAACCAUUGAUUUUAUUGUUGCCAUUAUCAUCUAAAAGAUUUGAGAGAAGAGUUAAAAAGAAUAAGAUACAAAAUGACAACAGAAAAGUGUUCUCUUCUUUUUUUGAAUGAAUUCUCUCAAUAACUUUUGAUUUGAUUUUAGUCUAUAAUAUUUCUGAAUAUAAUCGAGUUUUUCUUCCAUAGAUGACGAAAUUCGAUAGGAUAUUCACCAUCCCAUACAAAAGUUUCUUUGAACAACAUGAAGAUUUGAGCAUUUGUAGAACGUCAUGAACUGAUCUUUUUGGUAUAAGAAAAUAUUUUAUUCAUUUUUUUAGUUAAACUUUACAUUCUUUCUAAAUGCUGGAGUUUCAUUCUUUCACAAAUCUUGAAAGUGAAAAUGUGAGUGUGAGGAUAUGGGUAGAAUAAGUAUACCUAAAGAAUUAAAAGCUGAAAAAAUUUAUUUAAAUAUUGUUUUUGCAAAUUUUCGUGUAAAACAUCUUGAGCUUUGAUGAAAAUUGGGUGGUGAUGAAUAGAAUUCGAAAUUUGAUGAUGUCUAUAUUAAGAUUGGAAGUAUCUAUAAGGAGAAAUGUCUAAGAAACAUGAUUCUUAAAUUCUAUCAUCCUCAAUUAUUGGUUCCUUUUCAUUUUUGAAUUCAGGAGCGGAAACGAAUAACAAGACCAUCGCUGGAGACUAUGGACGAGGCAACACUGCCAA